AUGGUGACUACUCUCAAGAACAGCGGCGAUCAGGCCGAGUUUCCCACCAGGACAGAAGGCCCAUUCUUCGAAGAGGAGAAGGAAGGCUACAAAGGCUAUGUAGAAUGGGAGAAGUAUCCAGAGAAGAAGAAGCUGGGGGCGGAGGUGCUUUCACGGUACAAGUUCCCUGGACCACCGGAGUUCCAACUUGAGCCAUUGCCAAAGACCAAUCCGGUCUUGGAAGGUGUGAGGUGGAAGCAGUAUCACUAUGCUAUGGGUGGUACUCUGAAAGACAUCCCUGAUAUCAGCUGGAAGUACGUGCAGAAGGAGAAGAGUGAAGACAUGAUCCAUGUCUUACAGUUCCCGUAUAAUGGCGAGCCGCCACGACGUCGUUUGGUUGAGACAGAAAUCACUCCCAACAAGGACCACUUCGUCCGCAACCAUGGUGGUGUGCCAGAGAUUGACGAAGACUCGUUCGAGCUGGAGCUGGACGGUCUCGUCAACAAGCCAAUGACUAUCAAGAUGUCCGAUCUGAAGAACGAGAAGAUCUUUCCGAGACAGUCCACCACUGUCACCAUCCAGUGCUCCGGGACCAGGCGAAUUGAGCAGAUUGAUAUGUAUCCUGGUGACGGUGACGAGCUCAUCAACGCUCCAUGGGGCGAGGGAGCGAUCGGGACAGCACGCUGGACCGGCGUCUCCCUCCGCAGCGUCAUCGAACACUGCGGUGGCCUGAAGACUUCCGACGGCACCUCGGAAGGAGACAUCCACCUCGAGUUUUACGGCGCAGAUACAUACUUCAAAAAGGGCAAGGUAAUGAACUACGUCGUCUCUGCCCCAUGGCGCAAGGUCAAGUAUGACGAAGUCCUGCUCGCCUGGGAAAUGAAUGGCGAGCCUCUACCACGUAUCCACGGCUUCCCGCUCCGCACGGUCGUCUUCGGCUACAUCGGCGCAAGAAGCUGCAAGUGGCUCUACCGCAUCAAGGCGAUCAAAGGACCCAGCCAGGCACCGGUGCAGAAGAAGGAGUAUCUGUACUACAAUCAGCAAAUCGGGAAGCAGAAUGUAAAGUACAGCAACGGCUUCAGCAUCCAGGACAUGCCCGUCAGUUCUGCCAUCAUGACGCCGCUCGACAAGGAAGUGGUUGUGCACGACGGCAAGAUCACGUUGACUGGCUGGGCCUACAGUGGUGGUGGGAGAUGGCCAGAGCGUGUGGAAGUCAGUGCUGAUGGUGGGAGUGUGUGGUAUGAGGUUCCAUGGCAGCGACUGAGCAAGAAGUACUUCUUCGGCUGGCGGGUGUGGAGUAUGGAGAUUCCGGUGGAGUACGAGGGAUGGCUGGAGUUUUGCUGUCGGACGUGGGAUAAUGCCUUGAAUACGCAGCCGACGUUUGUGAGGUCUGCUUGGAAUUGGGAUCUACACGUUACGUCUUCUUGCCACCGUAUCAAGGUGUACUCCGUCAACCGCAGCCGAUCUGAGACUGCCGAACGACUGCAGGUCAUCGAGCAGAACGGGUUGUCGCUCUUUCCGCUGACGCAGCCACUCGAGAUGGACUUGGAGAGUGACGAGCAUUACGACGCGGAGAUGGAGGCUAGAGGUGGUCGGGAUCCUACUGAGUAG